AAUGCGGAGUUGUCUAUUAGCGAGGGUAGAUUGGUAUUGAAGUUGUAGGUUUUCUAAUUAGCAAUUUUUUUGUCUUCUUUUAGUGUGCACAUUAAGCGUUAAGUUGCUCGUUCUUCGUCAAGCUGCGCUGUUAUAACAGUGUCCUACUCAGUACAACCAGAUUAUUCGAUGAUGAAUACAAACCAGAUUUGCAUCGAUUCUUUUUUGUCGAAUGAGGACGAUGUCCGCGCAAUUGAAGCCGCAAUUAAAACAGCUGUAAAAGCAGUAAUGUAUGUUUUGUGCAAUAUAAAUGCCAACAGAGUACGUGAAUACAAGAUGUUGUUGUCCCAGAAGGACAGGGAGAACAAAAGACUAAGAAUGCAGAUGGAAUAUGCAGAGAAGGAACUGAUAUCGUUGCGUCGAUAUAAACACUCAGUGGAACAUGGUAAUCAUGUGGAUGUCACUUGUGGCCAUGACUCCGGGCUUUCGUCAGAGGAAAACAGUAAGCACAGUGUGUCCACAAAACCAGAUUUACUCGAUGGAGACGAAGGCAUGCACAGUGAAACCGUGUGGAACCAAGAUAUUACCAGUACCUGCACAAGAGUGAGUGAUGGGGUCGAACAACAGCAGUGGGCAACGGCCACAGAUACUUCUCUAAUCAAGGUGAAUGAAGACUUUCACAACCAGGGAUCCAGGCAGAGAACAGCUAGUUGCACCCUGAAGCCCAGUGGUGAUGUAAGGCAGUCUGCUGUGUUCCCAGUGAAAGAGGAGCCCUCUGACUUUGAGACUGUUUGCAUAAAGUUGGAAUUGUCUGAUCAGACUGUUGGGGAGCUGGAUGGCACUCACCCAGGGCCUCCUACAAAUACUGAACUAACAUGGUCCAGAGUUGGAGCUGGCAGUGGGGUUCCGAAUCACAGCUUUGGAAUGUCUGUUCAGCCGAAAGAGAGAACAAUGCUCUCUGCAGCUUGUCAAAAAGCAAGGCUGUCCAACAAAGAGAGACUGCUCCUUUACAGAGCCAGGAUACGGGCGGACCCAGAAAAGUACCAGGCUUACAGGGAGAUGGACCGUCGCAGGUACCAGAUGAGGAAAAAGUCCAUCAAAGAUCUGCCCGAGCAUUGCCAGAAACUCAAGAGGGAGGCGUGGAGAGAGGCAUCCAGACGUCAUCGGGCACGGAAGAAAUUCUGUCUUCAAACCGGUCCUCAAAUUAGCCAAUGAAACAUUGUGACACCUUUGGGAUCUGCAGGAGACCUGGGAGUGAACUGGGGUAGCAUGUUGGAUCAGUGCUGAAAGCACUAGACUUGGAACCAGAGUCCUGUGGGUUCCAGUACAGCUUUUGAUGUACCACUGGAGAUCUUAAGACCAGAGGUCAUGAAAUUCCUGCUCUCCUUGUGGUUUCCUGUCAUUUAGACAAUGGCAAGCGAACCCUUAUCCCAGACUGGUAUAGUACAGCAGGCUUUCUACUGUAGGGCUGUUCACAUAUUGAAUCACAAGCAUAACCGUUUGCAUUG